UGCAACAUUACCAGUAGCAGGUAGUUUUAUACGAUAUAUCAUGUCGAUGAAAUAUUAUUUAUAUAUAAAUAUGUGUUAUAUACCCCAUCGUAUGUUCCUAAUAUAAUACAUAAUAAAAAAAGAAAGGAAAAGUAUACAAAUGCAAAAAGUUCAAUGAUAUGAAUAAUUGCAUUACUUGCGCUGUGCAAAUGCGCUGAACGAUGCACUUGACAAUUUCUACGCGUGACACGCGAGAAAACACAUGUUUGUUUCGUGGCUUGACCACGCAUACCAAAGAAUAGAUUUUUAUGUGACUUAUUUGUGUAAAUAAAUGUGACAUCGCUUAUAUUGUUGUAACAACAAAUUUAAUCAGUGGAUAUAUAUUAAUUCGACGAGAUUACUAUUUUAAAAUAAAAUCGACAUGGCUGGGCAACAACAUCCUUUCCUAUCUGGGUUUCCCAAUGUACAGCAAUCAGCUAUGCGUACACAAUUUGGUGGUGGACAAAUGGUAUCUGGUUUAAUAGGACAACAGCAAGGAAAUAUGGUAAACUCUCAGCAAUUUGGUAUGGGAGUAGGAGUUGGAGUAGGUGUUGGUAAUGUUGGAUCUAAUGCCAUGGGAAUGCAAAACUCUCAACAAGUUUUGGCACAGCAGCAACAACAACAACAAUCCAUCGCGAUGCAACAACAAAUGCAACAGAUGCAGCAGCAACAAUUGCAACUGCAGCAACAACAACAGGCUGCUAUGGCUCAACAGAAUAACCAAACUAGCAAUCAAGCUACAACACCGCAAACUCCUGUCCCACCUACUCAGCCACCAUUGCAACAACAGCAAACUAAGGAAGUUAACACUGCCAGCUUAUGUAGAUGUGGACAAGAAACAGUGCAAGAAAUCGUCAGCCGUACUUCAGAACUCUUCCAAUUUCUUAAAAUGCUUCAACCACCUAAUGGUACAGCACAAGGGGCAAACAUGGCAAACGAGAAAAAGAUUAAGAUUUUCGAGCAGUUGAGAAUAAUAAAAAUGAUGUUUAAACGUUUGAGAUUAAUAUAUGAAAAAUGUAACGAAAAUUGCCAACUGCAAGGCAUGGAAUAUACGCAUAUAGAAAGUUUAAUUCCAUUGAAAGAGGAAUGGGAUAUGAAAUCUGAAGAGAAGAAGACUUCGGAAGCUUACAGACUUAUUUGCGAAGAGAGCAAGGAAGUCAUAGAGCAAGUGGUAUUAAAAAAUAGGCACAUUAAAGAAAUAAUUGAUCACCUAAGACGCAUAAUUUCAGAAAUAAAUACAAUGUUAAAUAUGCGUCGCUCUUAGAUAUUGAAAAAUUUUUAAUCUCCAUUAAUAUGUAAGACAAUUAUUUGGCAAAUGAUUGUAAAAACGCACUUAACAAUAAAAUACAUAAAGUUUUCUUACACAGCAA